AGACCUACUUCCAGGGUCUCUGAACCAUCGAUCAGGAAUAUGAAUUGUUAAACUGAACACGUGGGUUACUGUAGUUAUAUUUAUAUUUCUCACUUAACAACAGGAAUCGGUAUCUGUUUGAUAGGGUUGAAGUGUAUUCCAUCUCGAAAAUGAAUCGGAACAUGGAAGAAUUGUUUCCUGGCUAGAGAUCCACAAAAGUUCGAGACGUUGUCACCGGUAAUCCGAUCUCCGAGAAGAACAAUCUGUAAGAGGUCUCAUCUGGGAGAAGCUUAUUUCAGUAGUUACCUUCUGUUCAGACUCUGCGAUUCCUUGACUAUAAUAGUCGAUCCCUUCAAGAUUCUGAUGAAUUGCAUCCGAAAAUGCUUCUUUAACAACUUCGUGCAAAUGAAAACGUAAUUCGUUUUGAUCAUCAUACUGAAACUUCGGAAAGAUUUUAAGUAUUACCCCGAUCCAAAUGUUUCGAAUUAAAGUUAUAAAUACGGUACCCGGUUUCGACACGAUUUUUGUCAAACUCGAGGAAACUACAGUAGUCCUUAAAGGCGCAUACUAAUAGCGCAAAAUCUCAACCUUCGCUUACCAACUUACCCGCACACCUUCCUUUCUCUGCGAAUCAAUAAUAAAAUUCGAAAUCGGCGUCAUCAUUCUAUAACCAGUACAAUGAAUAAUCAAACUAAAUAGAAAGGCAGCUUGAAACAUUUCUUUAAUCUUCUCGCAACGAAAUGUGCUCCGGCUCUCCAGGCUUAUCAGUGUUAGAAGAGAAGAGAAGGAUAAAACAACAAUAAAAACAGUUUUCAUUUGUCUCGUUUCUUGCUUCUUCCCCCACGAUCUGCUGAUCUGAAAAUGCAUUCUUUCAGUAUGAAACGAGUUGUUGCGUCAUCAUCAGUAGCUGCUGUAGCAACAUGUGACGUGGAAGGUACUGUAGUUGCCUGGAGACGUGACGUGGAAUUAAUUCGAAAAAUGAGAAAGGAUAUGAUUGCACCUGUGGAUACGAUGGGAUGUCAUAAGCUUGCAGAUCCUUUGGCAGCUCCGCCGGUUCAUCGAUUUCAAGUUCUUGUUGCCCUGAUGCUUUCCAGUCAAACCAGAGAUGAAGUCAAUGCGGCGGCGAUGAAAAGACUCAAGGAUCAUGGCUUGUCAAUCGGGAAAAUUCUCGAAUUCAAAGUACCAGACUUGGAGACGAUUUUGUGUCCUGUUGGAUUUUAUAAAAGAAAGGCCGUGUACCUUCAAAAGACUGCAAAAAUUCUGAAAGAUGAUUUUUCUGGCGAUAUCCCUGAUUCCCUGGACGGACUGUGCGCACUGCCAGGAGUUGGCCCAAAAAUGGCGAAUCUCGUCAUGCAAAUUGCUUGGGGAGAAUGUGUGGGAAUUGCAGUCGACACACAUGUUCACAGAAUUUCUAAUCGACUCGGCUGGAUCAAGACCAGCACCCCAGAAAAGACACAAAAAGCGCUUGAAAUUCUACUUCCAAAGUCGGAAUGGCAACCAAUUAAUCAUCUUCUCGUUGGAUUCGGUCAGAUGCAAUGCCAACCAGUUCGUCCGAAAUGUGGAACUUGUCUCUGUAGAUUUACGUGCCCCAGUUCCACAGCUAAAAAUGUGAAGAGCGAGACUGAAGAGACUUCCACAAGUAUCGAGGUUAAACAAGAAGUUGAGGAUGAAUUUGAAGAUGAAAAACCUGCGAAAAAGAUUAAGAAAACCAGAAAAACUAGAACCAAGAUUGAAGUGAAAACUGAAUCGGAAACGUAGCAAAGCAAGUGUCAAGCAGAAAAUCGAUAACUGAUCUCUAACAUACAUUAUACAUGAAUGAAUAAAUUAAUGUUUUUAUUUAAAUAA